AUGAAUGAGCCACUGGACAGUCCAGCCAACUUUUCUGACUCCCUGGAUUACGUCGUUGCUUUGGGAAACUGCACUGACGAGCAAAUAUUCAAGAUGCAGUACCUUCCUGUCAUCUACAGCAUCAUCUUCCUGGUGGGCUUCCCGGGGAACUCGGUGGCCAUUUCCAUCUACAUUUUCAAGAUGCGACCCUGGAAGAGCAGCACCAUCAUCAUGCUCAACUUGGCCUUGACGGACUUGCUGUACCUGGCCAGCCUCCCUUUCCUCAUCCAUUAUUACGCAAGUGGCGAGAACUGGGUCUUCGGGGAUUUCAUGUGCAAGUUCAUCCGAUUUGGCUUCCAUUUCAACCUCUACAGCAGCAUCCUCUUCCUCACCUGCUUCAGCAUCUUCCGUUACAUUGUGAUCAUUCACCCCAUGAGCUGUUUUUCUAUUCAGAAGACGCGGUGGGCAGUGGUGGCUUGUGCUGGGGUCUGGGUCAUUUCUUUGGUAGCUGUCAUGCCCAUGACUUUCCUGAUCACAUCAACCACCCGGACCAACAGGUCUGCUUGUCUUGACCUGACCAGUUCAGAUGACCUCACUACUAUCAAAUGGUACAAUCUUGUUUUGACUGCCACGACUUUCUGCCUUCCCUUGGCAAUAGUGACACUCUGCUACACAACAAUUAUCAGCACCCUCACUCAUGGGCCGCAGACCCACAGCUGCUUCAAGCAGAAGGCUCGAAGGCUGACCGUUCUGCUCCUCCUUGUGUUCUACAUAUGUUUCCUACCCUUCCACAUCUUGAGGGUCAUUCGGAUUGAGUCUCGCCUGCUUUCCAUCAGCUGCGCCAUGGAGAGCCACAUCCACAAAGCUUACAUUGUGUCUAAGCCGCUGGCCGCCCUCAACACCUUCGGCAACCUGCUGCUGUACGUGGUGGUCAGCAAUAACUUCCAGCAGGCACUCUGCUCCGUAGUGAGAUGCAGGGCCGGCGGGCCCCAACAGGCCCAGAAACACAGCUGCUCAGACAACCCCUGA